UUCUAUGGUUUUGUGCAUAUGCAAAAUAUCAUAAAUCAUUUUGUUAGAAGAAUUAGCUAGUUUAGUUAAAUAAUCUUUUUAAAAAUAUGCCUUCUAUUUACAGAUGCACAAAUCGAUGAGUAUUAGCUAUGAGUAUAAGAGAUGUAACAAAACGGAAUGAAUGUUGAGUAUCGUUUGACGAUUUAUAUUGGUAUAAAUAAAAAUAUAAUUUUAGACAUCUAAAAUUUUUAGAAUUUUAAAAUUAUAGAAUUUGAGGAUUUUAGAGAACUUUUAGAAUUUUAAAAUUUAAAAAUUUUUAUAUAUAUCCUGUAUAUAUCCUUAAAUCCAUAAUUGUAUCUUCUCUUUCUUUCUUCUUAUUCUUUCAAGCUUAAAAAUAAUAUUAUAUUUUCUUUUAUCAAAAGAAUUCAGUUCAUGUAAUUAUUUAUAGCUACACGUGCGAUUCAAAUUACCUCGUAUCCGCGUCAAAUUUAUUGCAACUCAUUCUAUCUAUCAUCCGAUUUCUGUGCAAUACUUCCUUUCCCAUUACGACGUAUCGCUUCAGUUGUCUCAAAUCAACGAGCGGUUCUAUGCAAUUGAGGUGAAACUCGACAUUUCUUUCCGAUGUUAUGCAAAAAUUUAUCCCCGCCAGCUAACGUUUCGUUUAACGACUCUUAGCUGCGAUACUAGUCGUCCAGUUCUCGCGGGUUCUCGUGAUACAGAAGUACUCUUCUUUAACUUAGUCUUUAUCACACGAUGAAACACGUCUUCCUAUUUUAUAUGUUCCUCAUUGAAAUUUAAUUCCAAAUCAUAAUAAUUUAAUUGCGAAUCAUAUCAAAUUUCAAAAGAAACCGAUAUUAGAAUUAAAAGAGGAAUUUGCCAAUAAGAUCAAGAAGAUUCUCAACAUAAUAUGUAACGACGAUUCAAAGAAAUUAUAAUUGAAGAUGUCACGGUAUCCAACCUCGCUACCUCGUUAUCAUUCGAUGCAUAAAGUGUAACUUCCUAGCAGAAAGUGGUCAAGGAGCCAUCGACGAUGAAGCUUAGCACGUUCCACGUUCUGUGCUACCUGUGCGUACUGAUCGCAUUCGUUCUGUCCACGAAGAGUGACUGGAAAAAUCAGCCUGUUUCGAACUCAUCAUCAAGGAUCCAAGAAACGAGGGAGAAGCCUUUAGAUGCAAGUAAUCCGCGGGACAAACGAGCAUUAGGUCUGAUUCUUUCAGGCCUGGCGCAGGUUUUUGGUUAUACGGUAAACCCUGUUCAAAUAGCUUCGUUGCCCAAUCCGACUACCGAGUCGGGCGAGACAAGAGGAAAUACUCAGUCAUCCGGCACUCAAGCGAAUUCCACUCAAUCGAAUGGGUCAUCAACUACCGCAGCUCCUAGACAACGAGAGACUAUCAGAUUCACCGGUGUAGUGAACUUCGGCAAUGGAACUGGCGUACUGACUCAUUUACAGCAAUACGAGGCAUUAUUCCAUGGAGGAAAUAAUAAUUCGAUAUCUGCAACAACUUCUGAAUCAUCGGCAACACAGUCACCCCAGGUAGAUCCAAGACCUCCUCUAGUAGUCAAAAUUCCUUUACCGAUUGUCCCACAGCCAAAUUUGCAGCCUAUACCUCAACCACCUCUGCCUGAGAUCCCUCCUCAAGAUAUUAUGCUGUCGUAUCCUGCACCAAUCGUCCCUGUUCGCAAGGAACAACAAAUGAGAAGGAAAAACUUGACAGAGAAAGUAACCGUGCAAAAUCAAACGAUUCAAAGUGGAAUGGAUGUUCGAUCGCAGCCUCCUUCGACUACUGUUGUAGUUCAGACGGAAGAUCCACGAUGGAAGAAAGAGUAUGAGGAUAGGUUAGCGGAAUUAGAACGUAAGCAGGAAGAACAGGCUAAAAGAUUGAAGGAACAGGAAUGGUAUAGAAAUCGACAGAAGGAGAAUAAUUAUAAUUAUGAAGAGGAUGGAAAAGAAUAUGAUGAUCGAGGAAAGCAAAUAGGAGAACAACAUUCUGAAUGUAGAAAGGAAGAGGAAGAAAGUGAUAAGGGAAAGGAGUCAGAAGAGGAAGAAAAUCAAUCAAGAGAGAAUGAAGAGAAGAUUCGUGAAUAUUCUACGAGUCAAAAAACAAAGAAGCCUGAAGAAAGCGAAGAAGAAGAGGAAGGAUACCAAAAUUAUAAAAAUGAUGAUGUUUAUAAAAAAGAUAUGCCUCAAUUAAAUGAAAAUUAUACUAGUAUACAAUCCAAUGAACCAUUGCCAUUGAGUGAAGAUGAUGAGCAAAGACGACCCGAAGAUUUGCGUAAUAGUUACGGAGAACCUUUGUACAAUCGUGAAUUAUUUGAUGAUGGGUUCGUGAAUUUUUUUAGAAAUCAGCCACUAAGGGAUAUUUAUAACUCUCCAUUUUCAAAUUCAAAAGAGAAAAUUUCGGAAGAGGAGGAAGAUCCGCGUGAAAAUCAGAAACAUGAAGACAGAAGUGAUGAAAGAGAAGAGAAGAAUAUUCCAGCGAGAAAUAAAUAUGAAGAAUAUAGUUUAGAGGAAGAUACGAAUACCAAGAGGAAGGAUGAAAACGAUUUUGAACCAUCGAAAAAAUAUUUUACUAAUGUUCAAACGAAUAGUAAAAAUCAAUUCGAAGAACGAGGAACGAUCGAAGAAAUGGAAUUUGGUAAAUAUAUGCCUUUAAUUGUUCCUGUUCGAUAUUUAUCUGUUCCUGAAGAAUUAGCGAAAGAGAAAUCGAAAGAGAAAUCGUUAUCGAUGGAAAAAUCAGAAAAAGAUAAUAAUAUAUUGGAGACAGGAAUAACGAAGAAGACUUCAAAAUUUAAAGAAUCAUGGCGAUCAAAAAAGGAGAAUUUAAAACCAAUAAUAGGUCUUCCGGAAAAGCCAAGACAGCUUCACGAAGGCGAACAGAAGGAUUUACAAAUAUGGCCACCACCAUUCGAUUUUGUUCUAGACAGUACGAUUCAUACCAAUGUUGUUCAAACAAAAUUUAACCAUAAUGAUAGUAUAGAAAUUCCUAAUAUUCGUCAAAAACCUGAAUCUUUUAGUAAAAAGAAGGAAAAAAGACAACAAAGAAACAGAAUUCUUAAUAAUUCAACUCAAAAAUCUUAUGACUCUCCCGAAGAUAUUUAUUAUCAAAGAUUUAAGAAUGAUCAUAAACAUAAAAUUGUUUCUGAGAAACGAUUGAUUAAACCAAUAAAUGCUGAGAGAUCGAAUCAUACACAUUUUAAAAUUGAAGUAAAAGAAGUAAAGAAAUUUGAACAAAAUGAUCAUGGAAAAGAAUUACCACAAUUUCACGAACAUUAUAAAUAUAUUUCCAAUAAUAAUUAUAAAAAUACAGAACGACCAAAUAUCGAUGUACAACAUUCUUCGAAACAGCAAAUUCCAAAUUCAUUGCAUUUUAAAAAUUUUGAAUCUUUGAAGUAUAAUAUUGAAAAAAAUGAGCCUGGUGUAGAGGAUAAAAACAGAAUAAACAGAAAAAUAGAUAAAAAUCAAAUAAUACAAGAUGUUCAACAAAAAUCUGAUCCACCAAUUAUUUUUGACCCUAGAGAGAAUUAUAAUUUCUUUGAUUUUAAUGAAAAUGUACAUGAUUUUAAUCAUGGAAGAGAAAACGAUAGAUUGUCCGAAGUUUUUGAAAGUAAUAAAAGAAUGGAGAAUAAAAGAGCAAUUGGUUUAACUAUACCGCAACAGGACGUGUAUCAUUAUGACGAAAGUUUGACGAAAUUUUUCAAUGAACCGGAAAGCAAAAGCGUGAAAGUCAGAGAGAAUAAUUAUUCGAAUGGUGCUCUUGGUAUGAAAAUGCACCAAGAACGAAUUGCUCCCAGCGAAUCGAUAAGUUAUAUCAAUUAUCCUAGUAUUUUGUAAUAAAAUUUGAUAUUUUUAAAUUUAUGCAAUAUAUAUUUUUGUAAUUAAAAUUAAUAAUUAUUUCAAAUGAAUUUUGAUAUUUUAUGAAAUUUUUUUAUAAAAUUAUAUUUAACAUACAUUUUCUAAAAUACUUUAUAGAAAAAAAUACUUAAGUAAAUUUAAUCAUAUUUUAUACCUUAUAAUCUAGAUGGAAAAAUUAAAAUGAUAUUUUAUUUUGAUAAAAUUAAUCAAGAAAGAUAUGAAAUAUUAAAAACAUUGAAAUUUUGAUAAUUAAAUAUUCGAAUUAUUUAUUAAAAAUACAAAUAUAUAAAAAUAUACUAUUUUAAGUGAUGUAAAUUAAUUAAAUAAUGCAUAAAAAAUUAUGAAUAAAUUAAACAUUGAAUUUUAAUGAAAAAAUAAAAAUAAAAAUUCGUUGUUAUAAAAUAAAAAAAAAAUUUUAAUUUUGUUAAUAUGAAAUUUAGUAUAUUUUUUUUUAAUAUGCUUUUUCUAUUUAUAAUCUACAAUAUAUGAUAAUAAUGAAAAUAAUGAAAAUAUUCUAUAACAUGGUAUGUUACAGGAUAAGCGAGAAGAAAUGCAAAGGAAUAAAGAUUUGGAAAAUAAAAUGACAGAAAUUUUAGAAAAUUUGAAGACCCGUCUAUUGGUCGAAUAAUAUUUAUUAUUACAAUGUAUUUUUAUAUAUUUCUUUCCUUAUUUUUGUAAAAAUUAUUGAAUUUAUUUAAUGGAUAUUGUGCAGAUAUCUUAUUUUAAAUUAUUAAUAAAAGAGUGGAUUAUUGUAUAACAGAUAAAA